AUGGACUCGCCCAAUACUAAGCCGUACAAUUUACCCUCAGAUGCUGUCUGGUUCGUUACCGGCUGCUCGUCGGGAAUCGGUCAAGCUCUGGCUAAACUUGUCGCUUCAACGCCCAACCGAGUAGUAGCAACUGCACGCAAAGCAGCGUCGUUGUCGUCCAUUCCCACCAACGACCGCGUCCUGAAGCUGGAGCUAGAUGUGGCUAAUAUUAGCUCUAUCAAUGCCGCAAUCCAGGCUACUCUGGACAGAUUCGGUCGCAUCGAUGUCCUUGUCAACAACGCUGGUUAUACGCUCGCCGGGGAGGCCGAAGCCACGGGAGACGCGGAGGCUCGGGAUGUAUUUGAUACCAACUUCUGGGGAAUGGUGAAUAUAUCAAAGAGGUGCUUGCAAAUCAUGAGAGAGGAGAAUGCCAAGAAUGGCCAGCAAGGCGGCGUGAUCAUGAACGUGACUUCUGUGGGAGGUUACAUUGGCUUCCCAGGACAGGCUUUUUACCAUGCCAGCAAGUUUGCCGUGGAAGGGUGGACCGAGGCAGUAGCAAAGGAGGUACCCUCGACGUGGAACAUUCAUUUAUGCAACAUCGAACCCGGCGGCGUGAAGACCAAUUACGCAACCUCGUCCUUGAAGAAGACGGCCGUACGGCACAAGGCCUAUUCCGAUCCCAACUUCCCCGCGAACAUGAUGCUUGCACACAUCGGCAGCGAGCAAGGCCGUGCUUUGUGGGCCGAACCGAGCGCUAUAGCCGCGGCUAUGUACCACGUUGUCAGUCGCAGAAAGCGAAUUCCGAUUCGGGUUCCCUUAGGAGCUGAUUCUUGGGGGUUGAUCGACGGGGACCUUAAGAAUACUAAAGGUGAUUUGGACGAGAUCAAAGAUAUCAGCUACUCUGUGGGUGACCCGAAGCAAUUAGAGUCUAUUCACUUUUUGAAGUAG